GCGACGACGGCGCGGCGCAGGGCGGUAAACAAGAUGGCGGCGGCGUGUCGGUCUAGGAAAGGGGAGGCGGCUCACCGUGUCCGGGAGUGAAGCGCGAGCCGCGGAGGGUGGCGCCGGCUUGAAGUUUUCCCUCGCGGGCAGCAUCUUUCUGCCUGGAGUUCGAUUACCCCCUCGCCGCUCCGGCCUCCUGCCUGUCGCGCGGCGGCUUGGCGGCGAGGGGGACCCGCCGCCCGGGGUGUUUUUUCCCCCGUCGGUCUCCGGAAUAUUCACUAUCCCGACUUCGGUACCUGCGGCCUGCGGGUGUCCUGGUGCCCUGCGUCCGGGUGGAGUCCACGUCCCAGGAAGUCACGGAACUAAGGGGCAGCGUGGGGCGUCGGCGCGGGCCGGACAUGGACGGCGCGGACUGGCCUCGGCGCUGCUGCCUUGAGCGCCUGAGCGCGGGGCCCGAGUGGCGACCAUGACCUAGCGGCCCGCGCGCCGCGACGGCGGACCGUCACCUCCGUCGGAAGCAGCGUCCCCGGGGACCCGAAUUGAGGGGACGCGAGGGUUGGCGGGGCUCGUUGCUUUUUUCAUUCUAUUUUUUUUUUCCUCCUUGAACAUCUAGAAGAAAGGGGGAGAAGUCAAAAGUGAAGAAUUGGCGCCCACGAAGGGGACGUGGACCCGGUUGAGGGGACCGGGAGGGUUGGGGAGGGCUUUUUCUUCUUAAACAUUUGGAAGAAGCGGGGCGGGGCGGGGGGAGAUUCGAACUCGAAAAGAAUUGGCGUCCCUGAAGGGGACAAAGACUGGGCCAAGAUGGACGUGGCGGAUCCCCAGCCGCUGGGCCUCUUUCCAGAGAGUGAGCUGAUAUCAGUGGGCAUGGACACCUUCAUCCACCGCAUCGAUUCCACCGAGGUGAUCUACCAGCCGCGCCGCAAGCGCGCCAAGCUCAUCGGCAAGUACCUGAUGGGGGACCUGCUCGGGGAGGGAUCGUACGGCAAGGUGAAGGAGGUGCUGGACUCCGAGACCUUGUGUCGCAGGGCGGUCAAGAUCCUCAAGAAGAAAAAGCUGCGCAGGAUCCCCAAUGGCGAGGCCAACGUCAAGAAGUACUUCCGCCAGCUGAUUGACGGCCUGGAGUACCUACACAGCCAGGGCAUUGUGCACAAGGACAUCAAGCCGGGCAACCUGCUGCUCACCACCAAUGGCACGCUCAAGAUCUCCGACCUGGGUGUUGCCGAGGCCCUGCACCCUUUUGCUGUGGAUGACACCUGCCGGACAAGCCAGGGCUCCCCAGCCUUCCAGCCACCAGAGAUCGCCAAUGGACUGGACACCUUCUCAGGUUUCAAGGUGGACAUCUGGUCAGCUGGGGUCACACUCUACAACAUCACCACAGGCCUGUACCCAUUCGAGGGAGACAAUAUCUACAAGCUGUUUGAGAACAUCGGGAGAGGGGACUUCACCAUACCUUGUGACUGCGGCCCACCACUUUCUGACCUGCUCCGAGGGAUGUUGGAGUACGAGCCAGCCAAGAGGUUCUCCAUCCGACAGAUCAGGCAACACAGCUGGUUCCGGAAGAAACACCCGCUGGCUGAAGCGCUAGUGCCCAUCCCACCAAGCCCAGACACUAAGGAUCGUUGGCGCAGUAUGACAGUGGUGCCCUAUCUGGAGGACCUGCAUGGCCGUGCUGAUGAAGAUGAGGAUGAGGACCUGUUUGACAUUGAGGAUGGCAUCAUCUACACCCAGGACUUCACGGUGCCUGGUCCUGGAAGAGGAAGUGGGUCAGAAUGGACAGAGCCGCAGUCUGCCCAAAGCUGUGUGUGUGAAUGGCACAGAGCCCCAGCUCAGCAGCAAGGUGAAGCCAGAAGGCCGACCUGGCACCACCAACCCUGCUCGCAAGGCAUGCUCCAGCAACAAGAUCCGCAGGCUCUCAGCCUGCAAACAGCAGUGACUACAGCCUGCAGUGUCACCAGGAUCCCUGGGCAGGUGCCCCAGCAAGGCUGCGAUUCUCGGGCCCACCCAUCCAAACACUCGGACAUUGAAGCCGAGGGUGUACCCACCGCCCCAGAAGCACUUUAUGUCGAGACCACUGGCCGGCCUCGCCCGCAUGCUGCCCCGCGAGCCUCGCUGUCUUUGGGUUGGUUCCUUUUUUUAAUAAAACAGGUGGAUUUGAGCUGUGGCUGUGAGGGUAUUUGGAAAUGUGGAGCAAGCGGGGCACGUGGUGGCCUGCAGAGAAAACCCAGAGCAAGCGAGUAUGCAGACAUUUAUGAUCAACCAGACAACACAACUACCCACGGAGGGCAGGGAGUGGGUGGGCACUCAAAGGCGAGGCCGCCCUAUAUUUUGGCAAUAAAUAAAGCUUGGGAAACUUGAA